UCUCUCACUCUCUGCUGUUUCAGAUACCAGGCUGAUGAUGAGAUUGUGAAACCUGUGCUUUCCGAUCUACAGAGCAAAGAUUCCUCACCAGCAUCAGCAGGAAAAAGGGCCUCGACUCGGUUCCCACAUCAAAGACGCAAGAAGAGGAAGGAAACUGAUGAUGCUGCGUAUGAGGGAAGUCACCAGAGGCCAAAUGCCUAUACUAUGAAGCUGUUUGACCGGAGUGUUGACCUGGCUCAGUUUAAUGAGAAUACACCUCUUUACCCCAUCUGCCGAGCUUGGAUGAGGAACAACCCCAGCCUCCGGGAAGGAGCUCACAGCCCGAGUCCCCAACCACCUGCAGCACUGGAGGAUGAGGAGGUUGCAGAGGUGAUGAAUGGAAAGUGUCAGGAUAUUUACAGACUGCCCGUGCCAACUCCCUGCUCACUGAACACACGUGGACAUCCGAUCAAUCUCCGUGUUCCAUCACCACUGCCUCCCACAGAGAAACAACUUGAUAUCAGCAUGAGUCGCAAUAAUGCUCCUGGGGUGCCCACCUUACUCUAUAACCACAUGGAUCGCUGGAAGAAGAUUCGACAGAGGUGGAGAGAAGCAUCUCACCGGAACCAGUAUCGUUACAGGGACAGCAUGAAGAUCCUGAAGGAAAUGUUUGAGCGUCAGUGAGGGCUCCCAGGACCUCCUGUCCCUGCUUGUGACCAGGUAUUGCAGUUGCAAUGCCUUCAUUUUCCGUUAUCUGCCCAGUUCAAGGAGCGAGGCCUGAGGGACUGUUGUCUUUCCUAUUGGCCCAGAUUGGAGAUGGCCACAGUUGUUUUCGGCACUCUGUUUAUGCCUCCCCACAAGCUUUGUUUUCUUGGCCUAGGUUCUGAGUCACAGGAAGCAGCUACGUUAGUCACCUCUUGCUUGCUGUGGGUUGUUGGCUCCUGGCUGAACUGGGAGGAGCUGGGCACGCUGUGGGCUCUGGGAUAACCAACUGCCAGCUCCUCAUGGAGACACGAUGUGGCCUUGCUGUUGCAGCUGAGUUGAUUGUUAUGGAUCUGCUCGUCUCACCUCGUCUUUUAUGGGCGAGCAAUCGACUUUAAUAGGUGUAUACAUUCCCACGUGUACAUGUUCCUGUGGGUCUCUGUACACAUAUUGCUAUGUAUGUGCAAUUGUGACUGUUCAACUGGCUAUAUAUGUCAGAAACAUAAACAGAAGCUGCUGGAAAAGCUCAGCAGGCCUGGCAGCAUCUGUGAAGAGAAAUCAGAGUUAACGUUUCGGGUCUAGUGACCCUUCCUCGGAAUUGAGGAAGUUCUGAGGAAGGGUCACUGGACUCGAAACAUUAACUCUGACUUCUCUUCACAGAUGCUGCCAGACCAGCUAAGCUUUUCCAGCAACUUCUGUUUUUGUUUCUGAUUUACAGCGUCUGCAGUUCUUUCGGAUUUUGUCUGUGUAUGACAAUGUUUGUAUAGAUGGCCUGUGUGCGAGGAUAUAAGUCUUUGCUAUACCUGUUGCUGCCCUUUGUGUACGCAUGUCUGUGCGUGUGCAUUGAUGUUUAUGGUUGAACCGUCCAGGAUUGGACUGCAGGCCAUUCUGUGACAUUAGUAAUUGGCGUUGCCACACUCCAGGCCCUCCAACAGCCUUGGCAUUAUGAACACACGGUAGGGUCCAAACAGAGCAAAUAUGGUACCCCCUUUCACACUAAUUCUUCGAGCCAGGCCUGGGACACAAGCACAUGGGUCAGAAUAAACACACCAUUUGACCCUAGCAGUUUGGAGCUCGGACUUCUGACUGGUGUCUCAAAUUUAUAUUUACAAAUAUAACAUUGCUGCAAGAGAAAAUUAAAAAAGUGCUUUCAAUUA